AUGGUUCUCGCCCAUCCGCCACAUCGCCACGAGGCUUCCGAACGCUCGUUGCUUGCCAUCCUGACUGAUCCGAUCGUCAGUCUCUUCCGGUCGAUUCCCAUUGAAAUCCUCGAUCACAGCGAGGAACUCAGCCCCAGCCAAAAAGAUUUUCACGACGAUGAGGACGAGGAGGAGGAGGAGUUUGAGAAAAUCGACCAUGAAUCCGACAUAGAAGACAAUGAAAAGUUUUCUGAAGAUUUGAAGAUGAACAAAAUGAUGUUAGUUAUCCUGAUGUUAAUGAGAUCGACGUUCUCAUCGAAGAGCUUCUGUAUAAGCUGGAAGAGUCAGACUCUGUCAAUCGAGAAGCAAUCGGUGUGUAUCCGAACCCAUUGAAUUCUUGUCGAGCAUUUCGCAUGUCUACGGGAAGAUAAAGAAGAAGACGUCGUGACAGUUCCCGCAGACGAAGACGUUCCCACCACUACCACAACAUUCACCAACUGCGUCUUCAUCCGAUCGCAAUCGUCGGCCCGCGCGAAGGCUACCCUCCCGCACACGUCGUUCGUCUGCACUCUGCCGCCCGUUUCUGCCACAUUCUCGGCCCCUCCCCCGAAAAAGGUUGUCAAGCGAAAGUAAGUGAUCAAUUUGUUCCCUGCAAAGACACUCAAAGUGGGCGGAGUCGUUCCGAUCCGGUUGCCAGCCAAUUUAUGAUCAAUUAAAACGGAUACAAAGUUCCCAUUCGUGUUACUUUGUCCAAUACAUACCAAUCGGGUCAGUUCCAAGCCUCUACUGGAAAAGACUACUUCCUUCUGUUAAUCGGGUUAAUUUCCGUUGCUGAAUCAAAACAACCCCAUCUUUUUUGACUACCGUAUGCUCGUGAACUAUUGUUCGUUUUCCGGUUUCCCUCCCCCAUUUUCAUUCAUUUCAAUUUCUCCGACCUUUCUGUAAGUCACAUUAUCUGCUGCGUUUCGUGGUCAAGUGGAUUGCGUGAGCCGAUCCACAAUUGGACUCAAAACAAUAACAAAGUCCUUUCUAUAUUCAGCCUCAAAAAUAUUUAUUUGCUUACAUUGGGCUCGUAUGGGGAAAAGUUCGUCCGGCGACACAUACGCUGCCUGUCUCGGAUUUUCUCCUCCGCCCGGGGACAUCUGUUGUAAAGUCUUUUCCUUCCUCUUUUUAUUUUCAUGAUCUUCUUUCUCCUCUCUUUCUUUCUCACUCCGUCUCAUCGCUUUCCGAAUUCCUUUCCGCAUUUCACGUGACGGCGUGGGCACUAAUCCAAUUAGAAGUCAAUGGACGGAACGUCGUGCGUUCCAGAAUGGGAUGACCUUUGGUGGUCAUACGAGACCCACAAAACAAGCCGGUUCCUGGAGAAAAAGAAAAGGAAGGACCCAAAAACAUACCAAGAAUAGAAUAGAUUCAAAAGCAUCCCGCCCGGAUGUUUUUCUGCCUCUCCUCACUCGAUUUUCAUAAGUUUCGUGUUCUGUGCUGCCGGUGCCACGUCAAACAGUCGCGCAAGAGCUGUUCUCUGCUCUUGUCUACUUGUUCUCUUUCUCCUUCUUCCGCACUACUAAUGUUUGUUUCUCUUGACUUUUCGCCCUCAUCAAAUGAGUGUUUUCCGCUGAGAAGAGGUCUUCGAAUCCCGCUGAUUCUUCCGACGCACCGCUUGCUUUGUUUUGAUGAUCGCCGGUCGAAAAUCGUCUGAAAAGUGUUUUUGUUCGCUCUUCUCUGCCAUCCAUGCGACGCUCGUUUACAGUCAGACGGAUUGUGCUCUUUCGCCUCGCGUUUACCUCGCUCUGCGACGACUCAAAUUUGUUCAAAAUGCACAAACUGGCGCGAAAAGUAAACACGAAUGUGCGCUCUGGUAAUCACUUUCCCAUCGCCAACCUUUACCCUUUUGAAUCUCCUUUAGAAGUUCCCGCUCCGGCGCUUUUUGAUCAUUUAUCAUUUUGUGAGCCACUGAGAACAUCGCCAUCGCCUGACCUGAAUAAUAGGUUGCAUUUAGCGUUUUUCCGACAAAAAUUCGCAAUCUUUCCUCUCGAAACCAAUCAAAUCGGCGCGUCUCAAAUUCCAGCCAAUUUGAGCAGCCAAAGACCGAAACGGGCGGCCCAUUCGAAUGUCACCCAACACCGGCGCGCCUCGUUACUUAUUCUGUCUUUCAUUAUCCAACCCGAUUGGCGUCAUCGAGACCCUUCUCAGGUUACUCUCCAACUAGACGGGCCUUCCAUUCUGUUUGUGUCCCCCGUCCCCUCGACGCCCCGCCCUUCUCUGGUGGUUGUGACCACAUUCUGUGAUGGUGCAAGUUUGCAGAAAACCCCCGACUGCUGCAAAAAUGGCGGCCGAAGUGCUUCAAAACGAGCCGCACUGCUUCAUCGCCUCCUCCUCCAACAUCGACCGUCCGUUCAAACUGCUCGUUCAGAAGGAGACGUUCCUCAUUGACGCCGAAUCAAUGAGCAGAAUCUCGCCGGUAAGCGGCAUCAGCUGGAGCAUGUGAUCAAUUUGCUUUUCUUCUUCAGAUUUUCAAUGUUAUGUGUUUCGGAAAAGACUUUGAGAAGAUGGAUUUGUCGAGAGAGAUUGUGGAUGAAAAGUCGAAUGACAUUGACUGUUUCCUGCGAGCCGUCCAUGACACGUCCAUGAUUAACUGUGAGUGCCCCUUCCUUGUCCCUCAACUUUACCCAUUACCCAUUCAGCCACCAACUUUGCUCUCGUCCUUCGUCUUUCGAACAAGUAUCAGGUGGAUCCGGUCAUCGAAGCCUGCCAGAACUUCAUCAUGCGUCAGCACUUGGAGUGAGUUUCUUUUUCCGGCCCGUGGGAACUUUCGCUCUUCUCUUUCCCACCGAGAACCACUUGUUCCUUCCUCCCAUCCUUCCCGAUCAAACUUCAUAUCACCUGAUUUCAGUGUGCUCCGUGCCGACGAGAUUCUCACUAUGCUCAUCUCUGCUCACGAGCAUCACUGCAAAAAGGAAGUUGUGCAAAAACUGAUCAAAAGACUGGCCUCCGAAGGAAACACCGUCUUCACCAAACUCAAAAUCUCUCGUUAUCUGCCGGCGCAAGUGUACGGAUCGGUCAUCUCGACGUCGAUGAAUUUGACGCAGAUCAAGGAGCAUGAUGCGAUGAACGGACACGUUCUCAAGAUGGAGAGGUACUUGCAACUACUCCCGUAUCAAAAUGUUUUCUGGUUUUUAGAUCGAAGAUCCGUUGGCGUCAAUCAGUCUGCGAAGAAUGCAAGAGUGUAGCCGAGUGUGCUAGUUGCGAGGAAUGCAAAAAGGUUUGUUAUCGGCGGCCGCCCGUGCAGUUCCCUCAUUUACAUCUUUUGCAGACGGUGUGCCGCAACCACGUGAGCAAAAUAAAGUGCUCGAGUGACUACGGCAACAAACUGACCGCCGACCUCAAGAAGAAGAUCGUCGACUUCGAAUGGCAGGACUGA